AUGGUGUCGCGUCGCAGUCAGACCCUACUAUCGCUUUCGAUUUUCUUGGGGGUGCUGGCAUGGAAUGUUGCUGCAGCUGCCGUCAAGGGCGAGACCUCCGCAGUGCCCGUGGGGCAGUUGAGUGCUCAUGAAAUCGAGGAGCAACUGCAGGACUGCUCGCUCGUCAAAGCUCUUAACGAGCACAAGGUCGCUACACACCCUACCACGUCAUCGCUCAGCUCUCAGAUCUUCGCUGUGCUCUUUCCUGGCAGUCCUGCUGUCAACGCUCUUCUCGCUACACUCUACAUCUCUGGGCCACCCAAUUUCCUCCUCGCACUAUGCCCGCCCAACAUCGACCCUGCCUCGCUGUCUGUUAUGGUGGCUUUCGCUGUUGGAGGACUGCUGGGAGACACUCUAUUUCAUCUUCUGCCUGAGAUCUUUCUGGGAGAGGAUGAGCCGAACCAUGUCAAGUUCGUCAUGGUCGAGCCGAACAAGAACCUGCUGCUAGGUGUCGCUAUUAUGCUGGGUUUUGUCACCUUUGUGGCUAUGGACAAGGCUCUGAGGAUUGCGACUGGCGGUGCAGGUGGGCACGACCACUCCCACGGACAUUCACACGAAAAAGCCGAGGCUUCGGCCAAGUCGACUGGGAUCGAGACCAAUGGCUCCGAGGGCACUGUGCGCGCCCGCAAGCAUGCUGCGAACGAUGCUGCUGUAGCGACCGAGAAGGAGAAGGAAAAGGAAAUCAAUGCCAGCGUAAAGCUGGGCGGUUACCUCAAUCUCAUCGCCGACUUUACUCACAACAUCACCGAUGGUCUUGCGCUCAGCUCGUCCUUUUACGCUUCGCCCACCAUUGGCGCCACCACUACUGUCGCCGUCUUCUUUCACGAGAUCCCUCAUGAGGUUGGUGACUUCGCUCUACUCAUUCAGUCAGGCUUCAGUAAGCGGGCGGCAAUGGGCGCACAGUUCGUAACUGCUGCAGGCGCCUUCCUUGGAACCUGUAUCGGUAUCGCGGUACAAGAACUUGGUGGCAGCUCAGCUACGGCCGAAGUUCCAGGGGGUGGUUUAUGGGGAACCAGUCUGCAGUGGGGAGAUAUGCUCCUUCCGUUCACUGCAGGCACGUUUCUGUACGUCGGCACAGUAGCGGUCAUUCCUGAGUUGCUCGAGACUGGACCAAACAAGAGUGAGGAGCUUAAGAAGACCCUCACUCAAUUCGCCGCUAUGUUUACUGGUGCUGGAAUCAUGCUUGCAAUCUCGUGGUCUUGA